AAGCACCCUAUUCCCGCCUAUAUUGGCCCUCUUUAGGAUCAAAUUUCUCUAUUCUGGCGCAUGUUAGCUGGUUCAGUUGCUUUAAGGACCGUUGCCUCUUCUUUUCGAAGUUCGAACAGUGAGGCUGUCUUUCAUGGAUGAAACCGAGAUGGGUAAUGUGCGAAUUCAACUCUCACCUUACCUCCUCUCUUAUAUCUUCUUUUGUGAGGAACAGAAACGAGAGUUCACGAAAUGAUUCUCUGGAGACGAGAAAUGAUGGUAUUGCCUUCAAUUAUGUAGAUACAAGCCGCGGCCAAAGUGUUCGAUCAAAUGCCGAUAAAGGACACUAUUUCAUGGAACUCAAUGAUAUGAGGUUGUUUAAGGGUAGAAGGAAUUGAAACGGGAUUUGGGUUUUCUAAAACAAUGCACAGUUCUUACAAUUUUCCAUUUGACUCUGCAACUCUGACUACCAUUUUAUCUGCUUGUGAUAUCAACCAGAUCUUACUUUUGUGUGUAAUUUGAUACAUAGUUUGAUAUUUGUAAAUGGGUAUGAACUGGAAACUCCAGUGGCAAACGCUUUGAUAACUUCCUAUUUCAAAUGUGGGUGAUUCGGGAGGAAAGUGUUUGAUGAGAUGUCUCAGAGGAAUGUCAUCAGUUGGACGGCUGUGAGCUCAGGCCUUGCGCGAACACAAUUUUAUGAUCAGAGUUUUAAUUUGUUCUGGAAGAUCCGGUCUGGUACAGUGGAGCCUAAUUCUUUAACCUACUCAUGCUUGCUGUUAGCAUGUUCUGGGUUACAGGCUCUGAAAGAAGGGCAGAAGGGCUUGUCCUGAGAUCAGGAAUUGAGACAGAUUUAUGCAUUGAAAGUGCACUAAUGGAUAUGUAGUCCAACUGUCCAAGUGUAGCAGCAUGGAGAUGUGUGCCGGAUUUUCGAGGCUGCUGAAGAGCUGGAUGAAUUUCCAUGACUGUUAUUCUUGUGGGUCUUGCUCAAAAUGGAUUAGAAGAGAAGCUGCAGAUGGGAAUUGAGAUUGAUCCAAACAUGAUUUCUGCCAUUCUUGGGGUGUUUGGCAUUGACACAUCUUUCACCUUUGGCCAACAAAUUCAUUCCUCAGUGAUAAAGAAAAGCUUUGGGAUCAAUCCAUUCGUAAGCAAUGGGUUCAUCAACAUGUACUCCAAGUGUGGUAAUUUGGGGGACUCAGUAAAAAUUUUUUAUGGGAUGGCCCAUAGAAAUUCAGUCUCAUGGAAUUCCAUGAUUGCAGCCUUUGCACCUCAUGGUCAUGGCUUUGAAGCACUUGAAUUGUAUGAAAAGGUGCGACUCGAAGGUGUGGAGCAAACAGAUGUUACAUUUCUAUCAUUACUUCAUACCUGUAGUCAUAUUGGAUCAGUUGACAAGGGAAUGGAGUUCUUAGAUUCCAUGGCUAAGGUCCAUGGAAUUAGUCCAAGGGUGGAGCAUUAUGCUUGUCUAGUUGACUUGUUGGGCCGGGCAGGACGUUUGAUUGAAGCUAAGAGAUUCAUUGAGGGCUGCCAUUGGAGCCUGGUGUGCUAGUGUGGCAGGCAAUGUCAGGUGCUUGUAGCAUUCAUGGGGAUUCAACUAUGGGGAGAUAUGCAGCAGAUCACUUGCUUUUGGCUGCACCUGAAAGCCCUACACCAUAUGUUUUGAUGGCAAACAUAUACUCAUCUGAAGGGUGACGGGAAGAGAGAGCCAGGGUUAUCAAGAAAAUGGAGGAGAUGAAGGUAAAGUAAGAGACAGGGAUGAGUUAGAUUGGGCUUGAAAAGAAGGUCCAAGUCUUUGUUGUAGGGGAUAGGAUUUAUCCACAAAGUGAGACUAUCUACCAGGUUUUGGAAGAGUUGAUUAGGCUCACGAGAGACGGAGGAUAUGUGCCGGAUGAGAGGUUUUUGCAUUAUAAGCCUCUGAUAUGCAAUUUAGUUUCAGAAAAAUAAGGUGUUGGAUGCGAGUGAAUCAGGCCUGGAUUGGAGAAUUGAUAAAUAGUGAACCAAAUUGGCUUGAGGACUGCCCAGCUGACUCAUUCUGAUUGAGAAUGUUCGUCAUUGUACUUUUCAGUCCAUUAAUAAACUUGUCUGGAAGACCAAAAUGGUUCGGCUUUAUUCAGCUCCCUUACAAACCUGCCUUCAUUUGCAGGAACUAUUUUUUAUCCUUUCAGACAUUUGGAUUAAACCUCAUAGUGAGACUCAUUAUUCACUCAUACAUUGAGCGUUCGGAAAGAUAUGCAUAGUGUAGGGGCUCGAUCCUAGUAUGACUUUGGAUAGAGUUUUGUAGAAGACAAGGACCCAUGUUGCCGACCCCUCAUAGGGGAUGUUCCCAUGAUGUCUUUCUCUACUGCUUUACCUUCUUCUCUGAUCUCAAUUUUUUUCA